AUGUCUGGAAGAGGUAAGGGAGGCAAAGGACUCGGCAAAGGGGGCGCUAAGCGUCAUCGCAAAGUGCUCCACGAUAACAUCCAGGGAAUCACCAAGCCUGCUAUUCGCCACCUGGCUCGCCGUGGAGGAGUAAAGCGAAUCUCCGGCCUGAUCUACGAGGAGACCCGCGGGGUUUUGAAGGUGUUCUUGGAGAACGUGAUCAGGGAUGCAGUCACCUACACUGAGCAUGCCAAGAGAAAGAUCGUCACCGCCAUGGAUGUGGUGUAUGCUCUGAAACGCCAGGGGCGCACUCUUUACGGAUUUGGAGGUUAA